AUGUCCAGCGAGGUGCAGCCGAGGCCGGACGACAGCCCCAACACCAGCGGGGGAAGCUCGGACGCCGAGCAGAGGGAGGCGGCCCCGCCGGAGCAGCCGGGCCCCGAGCAGCGGGACCAGACCCAGCCCAAGAAGAAGGAGGCCAAGAUCUCCAGCAAGACCGCCGCCAAGCUCUCCACCAGCGCCAAGAGAAUCCAGAAGGAGCUAGCAGAGAUAACCUUGGACCCGCCGCCAAACUGCAGCGCCGGCCCCAAAGGAGACAACGUCUACGAGUGGAGGUCGACCAUCCUGGGCCCCCCCGGCUCCGUGUACGAGGGGGGGGUGUUCUUCCUGGACAUCGCCUUCACUCCAGACUACCCCUUCAAGCCCCCCAAGGUGACGUUCCGCACGAGGAUCUACCACUGCAACAUCAACAGCCAGGGCGUGAUCUGCCUGGACAUCCUGAAGGACAACUGGAGUCCCGCCCUCACCAUCUCCAAGGUGCUGCUGUCCAUCUGCUCCCUGCUCACCGACUGCAACCCGGCCGACCCGCUGGUGGGGAGCAUCGCCACGCAGUACACAACCAACAGACCCGAGCACGACAGGAUAGCCAAACAGUGGACCAAGCGCUACGCCACAUAGCCCCCAGCGGAGCUGUUGAUUGGACGGCUCAGGGAUGUGAGGGCGUCGACACCGGGGGGGGGGGGGG